UCAUUUUUUGCGAUAGAACACCUUCAUCCAUCGCGCACAAGAUCACUUCAAAACCUGACAAUGGUGGAUCAUUCAUGUGUAUAACGACGGCACCUACUGUUUUGUUUCGCGCACUCAGAAAUUUUAGCAGCAUUAAGCAUUGGUUUCUCAAUCUGCACCAAAAGCCACAAGCUCCGACUACCAGAAAGUGCACACCUCUCUUCUACACUGUAUUCAAUUCGAGACAAUGAGAAAGGGACAGCAAUCCACCAGCACAAACAACAACAACGAUGAGUAUCACCCUGAGCUCGUACAGAUUCAUAAGACUACACUUGAAACACUGAGCUCUCUUAGCUCUGACGGAGCAGAUCUUAUCUCGUUCAAGGAAGAUGGUACUUGUGUUACCGAGCUAUCUUCAAGGCCUCCUUCUGCCACUUCGUUUCUUUUGGACGAGGAGAAAGAUAAGCAAGAAUCCAAGAAGAAUCAUCACAAGCCUGGACUGCCAUUUCGCGGACUCUCGGAGGAGAACAGUAAACGUUUUAACAAGAGCGUCUACGUGAUGGUCUCAGGUACUAGCUUUUCCGUACCUCGAGAAGCCUUUGCAAAGAUGGAGAAAUUGAAUUGGACGCGAGAUGAAAGUGGAGUGGCUCAUUUGGAGACAUCGCCAGCCAUCUUCGAAGUCCUCUUGGGUCACCUUGUCUUUGAUUCACUUCCCGCUUACGACACAUUGAGUAAAAAGGAAUACGAGGAGUUUGAGCCCAUGGCUUUGACGAUGGGAUUGUACGAGCUUAUUGAGCACUUUGAUCGAUCAUCGGAUAAGCGUCUUCGAAGUACACGAGGUGGUCGUCGUUCCUUGUUGAAGAAGAAGUCAUCUUCUACCAGUGGGAGCAACGGAGGCAAGCCCAUUGUCCUCAACAGCGAGAAUACCAAUGUAGCGUCAAUGAAGUUGAUGGCAGCGAAUAGUUCAAUAAGUUCUUGCGCUCGGUUUGUGGCUUCCUGGAAGCGCAAGAGCACCGGUAAGCUUCGACGAAGACGUUCCAAGGCCACGCAUGACCAACUGUGCUCUGCGAGUGAUCACGUCAAUUAAACUCAUUCGCCAGUAGCCAGUAGAGACCGCGAGAUUGUCAUGAAGGUGGGCUUGACGAUAGUGCCGAAUUGAUGCAAAACCAGAAGCUUUUACGUGUACGUGGAUCCGAUUCAUAAUACCGGCAAGGGAAGCAAAAAGGUGUACCGGUAAGCAUGGUUGUGUACUAGUGGAAGCACUGGCGGGGUAGCUUUGCAUGGCGUGUUCUAAUGGAUAGAACACCCCUGCUGCUGCUACGCCUCGUGAUACAUAACAAUAGGAAGAAGUAAUGUAGAUCAAUCAUCAAGACAGUUCU